AUGACAGCCCUCGCGAAUGCAAUCAAGCGCAAGACGCAUAAGGAGCGCUCACAGCCGGCUGCACGGAAGAAGUAUGGCUUGCUUGAAAAGCACAAGGACUAUGUGGAGCGCGCGAAAAAUUUCCACAAAAAGGAGAAGAUCCUCAAGACUCUCAAGCGCAAGGCGGAGGAGCGGAACCCCGAUGAGUUUUACUUCGCCAUGGAAAAGGCCCGGACCAAGGACGGCGUCCAUGACGGCAGGCUGACCCAGGCCAACAAGUACAGCCAGGAGGAGCUUCGGCUGAUGAAGACGCAGGAUGUCAAGUACUUGUCCAUGAAGGCCACCACGGAGGCCAACAAGGCGGCAAGGUUAAGGGAGUCUUUGCACUUUAUUGGUGUGACCGCAGCGCAGCCGGCCGCUGCGGCUGCAAAGCGCGGCAGCAACGGCUCCGCAGGGCCGGCGGCAGCGGCAGCAGGACCAGCGCCACGGCACACGGUGUUCGUGGACAGCGAGGAAGAGGCAGCUCGGUUCAACCCGGCGGAGUACUUCGAUACGCCGGCGGAGCUACUGGACCGCACCUUCAACCGGCCACGCUCCGCUCAGCUGGCUGACCCGAAGGCGAUGCUGGGAACUAGCAACAAGGGAGUUGAAAAGCGGAAGUAUGCGGCGUAUAAGGAGCUAGCGCAGCGGCUGGAGCGGCGAAACAGGGUGGCGGCCACCGCGGAGCACCUUGCGUACGAAAAGCUAGUCAUGUGCAAAGGUCGGAAACGCAAGCUGCGCGCUAAGGAGAUUAAAGAAGCGGGCAUGGAUCCCAAGACGACUGGCAAGGUCUUUGUGUGGAAGCGCGAACGACGGCGAUGA